UCACCCUGUUUGUUCCCUAAACUUUUAGCGUUGGUGUAUGGGCAUUUGAGUCCUUUAUGGGUCUUGGAUAUGUUUCUUAUAUCUCUUACUUUGUAACUGGGAUUUACAUCCUUUCCAUCAGUCUCAAUCAACUUCAUUAUGUUUUUCUUCUUUUUAUUUCUUUCUCUUUACUCCCUAUGUGAUUGGUUAUUUAGUGGUUUUUGCUUGGAAUUACGUUCUAAAGGUCGUGAAGAUUGGCUCUCCCUCCCCCUCAAUUUCAGUUUAAAGCCCUUCUGAAAAGAUGAGCCAGUCAUUUUCCAAAUAUAUUCUUUCCAGUUCUUGUGAAGGUUCACUCCAUCCCUUGCCAGUAGCCCUUCAUACAAAAAGAAAGCCAAGAACAGCAAUCUGGAGAACAGAAAAUGAGAAGCAGCCUUAAAAUGCAAAACAAACCAUCAAUCAAGAUCUUUUCUACUUUCUUCAGGCAGUGUAAAAACUGCUCUUAUCAGAUGACAAACAAGGGAGAGAAUAACGAGCAGUUUUGAGCUGGAAUAAACAGAGAAUAUGGAACUCAAGGAAAUAUUACAUGGGACGUGAAAGGGGAUAAUUUCCAAAUAAAAAGUAGGAAGUACCUGGAAGUCAGUGGGAAGGAAAAGGCCCAGAUGGCCAAAAUGGGCAGGCAUCAAUUAAAGCCUUUGAAGAAGGAAAGAGCGGCAUAAAUCAAAGAACCUCCAGGUAAGAGAUCAGAAAUAUUGUUGGCCGCCUCAAGAAUCCAAGAAUAUUAGUGUUGGAAAAACCCUACAGACAGCUUAUUGUUUGUAAAUCACAACUGAUUAUGGGAAGAGGAUCCACCCAACGAAAAUCCAUACAAAUGUUUGGCGUAUAGCAAAAGCUUUAAUCAGAACAGCUUUCUCAUGAUUCGUGGAAUGAUUUCUACAAAAGAGAAGCUCUACCAGUGCUCCCAAUCUGUUAAGUUGAAACACGAGAUGACGACCAUGGGGAAAAAAACCACAUGAGUGUCCAGAUUGUGGGAAAGGUUUCAAGCAGAAUUCUAAACUGGUGCUCCAUCAGAGGACUCACACAGGAGAGAAACCAUUUGAGUGUCUGUAUUGUGGCAAAGGUUUCAGUCAGAAUUACAACCUGGUGAUACACCAGAGGACCCACACAGGAGAAAAACCAUAUGAAUGUCUGAAUUGUGGCAAAGGUUUCAGUCACAGUUCCUCCCUGGUGAAACACCAGAGGACUCACAUGGUAGAGAAAUUGUAUGAGUGUUCAGAUUGUGAGAAACGUUUGAGUUGCAAUACCCAUCUGAUGGUACAUCAGAGCAUUCUCACAGAAGAAAAAACCUAUGAGUGCCUGGAUUGUGGGAAAAGUUUCAGUUGCAAUUCCUACCUGGUAGAACACCAGAAGAGUCACAUGGGAGAGAAACCAUAUAAGUGUCCAGAUUGUGAGAAAAGUUUCCAGCAUAAUUCCAAGCUGGUGAUACACCAGAGGACUCACAUGAAAGAGAAACCAUAUAAGUGUGAGGAUUGUGGGGAAAGUUUCAGUCAGAAUUCUUUCCUGGUGAAACACCAUAGGACUCAUACAGGAAAGAAACCAUUUGUAUGUCUGGAUUGUGGCAAAAGUUUCAGUCAGAAUUACUACCUGGUUAUACACAAGAGGACUCACACAGGAGAGAAACCACAUAAGUGUCCAGAUUGUGGAAAACGUUUCAAUUGGAAUUCCGAGCUUGUGGUACAUCAGAGAACACACACAGGAGAGAAACCAUAUAAGUGUCCUGAUUGCGGAAAAGGUUUCAAUCGAAAUUCUAACCUGGUGGUACAUCAGAGAACUCACACGGGGGACAAACAGUACCAGUGCCCAGAUUGUUGUAAAAGUUUCACUCAGAAUUCCUACUUGGUGAAACACCAGAGAAUUCACACAGGAGAAAAAACACAUCAGUGUCCGUUUUGCUGGAAAAGUUUCCUUCGUAAGUCCGGGUUGGUGAUACACCAGAGGAGUCACACAGGAGAAAAACCAUAUGAGUGUCCUGACUGUGGAAAAGGUUUCAUAAGGAAUUCCAGUUUAGUGAUAUACCAGAGAACUCACACAGGAGAGAAACCGUAUGAGUGUCCAGUUUGUGGGAAAGAUUUUGGGACCAGGUCUAGCCUUAUAAAUCAUGUAAGGUUACACACAGGGGAGAAACCAUUCAAGUGCCCAGAUUGUGGAAAGUGUUUCACACAGAAUUCAAAUUUUUUCAUACACAAAAAAUCACACACAAGCCAAAAUUUGAUGCAUUAAUUUCUUGCUUGAUUCUUUUUAGUCAAAUGUGUCGUAGUAUCAAAAUAUGAGGGGGGGAGAUGUGAGCUUUCUUUCUCUGGUUCAGUGCUGCAGUUUCCUUUCAUGGAGUCGAGGUGCUGGGCCAGGGAAAGCAAGCUUAGAUCUGUAUUAGUUAUAUUUGCCGCCUUGAGGUAUUUGUACAUAUCAUAAAGGGGGAUAUAAAUAUGUAUAAGUAUGUAUGAUUUAUUUUAAAAAUGUAUAUCGCAGCCCAAUUCCUGUUGACUUUGGGCAGCUUGCAGCAAUAAAACCCUACUACAGAAAUCAAUAAACCCUACAUAUUGCAAAUGGCAAAA